AUGACGAACACCACCAUCCCCGAUGCUUCCACGACAGAACUACGCUCAGCUGAGUGGCGGCCUCAAGUGUUCAUCAGUUUCCGGGGGGCUGAUCUUCGCCUCAACUUUAUAAGCUAUUUGAUCCCGGCCUUACAAAAAAAUAAUAUCAACUACUAUUACGACGAGGACGAACUCCGGGGAAAACGUCUCGGGAUCCUUUUCAACAGGAUCAGGGAGUCGCAAAUCGCACUGGUGUUCUUCUCGAUUCAGUACCCUGAGUCAGAUUGGUGCUUGGACGAGCUGGUGGAAAUUAUGAAGAACAUGGAUAAAGAUAAACUCGUAGUCAUACCCAUCUUCUUCAAAGUGAAGCCAGAUGACGUGAAAUGGCAAAAGAAAGAGUUCGGCCUUGCGUUAUAUGGAGAAGGUCGCCGUAGGAGACCCAGAAUGUCGCAAUGGGAAGACGCCUUAGAGGCUAUUCCCACCAGCAUGGGGUUGGUAUAUGAGGGACUAAGUCCUGAAGUCAAUUUCCUCGACAAGCUCAUCGAGAAUGUCAAGAAAGUGGAAGCCGAAGUUAUAUCAAAAAACAGAGGAAGAGAACGUUCCUCUUGCUCUGUAUCUGUGAGACACGUUAGAGCUACGGCAUUUACUCAAAUUUUUGGAAUCGUUGGUAUGGCCGGGAUUGGUAAAACCAAACUAGCUCAAAACCAUUUCAAUAAGUGGAAAAAGCAGUUAGCAGUUAAUAAGAUACUUCUCAAUAUUCAUGAGAAGUCAAAUAAUGAGGAAGGGUCAGAUUGGCUGAUUAAAGAGGAUGCUGAAAUCUUCAGAAGCAAAAGUAUCAUCCUGCUGGAUGAUGUGAGUGAAAAGGCACAAAUACAGUCUCUACUCAAUAAUCUCCACCGGAUUGAGAAGGGAAGCAAGAUUGUGAUUACAACACGCGACAAGUCAUGGAUCAAAGAAGUGGUACACGAUACUUAUGUAGUCCCCGGACUGAACGAGAAAGAAGCAUUACAACUCUUUCACUAUCAUGCCUUCCAUAACCAAGACUAUACUCCCAACCAGAACAUCACUAAGCUGUCCAGAAAGUUUGUUGAUUAUGCUGGAGGCAAUCCACUGGCCCUGGAGGAAUUAGGGAAGGAGCUUUGUGGUAAAAACGAGACUGAGUGGGAAAAAAUAAUAGAUACACUGCCAAAUUAUUGCAACGAGAAUAUAAAAAGAGAGUUGAAAAUCAGUUAUGACAAACUGACCAAACAACAAAAAGAAGUGUUUCUUGACAUAGCUUGUUUCUUCAGAUCAGAAGGUGAGGAUUGUGUAAACAGUUUACUGGAUCCCAAAGACUCUCAUGAGUCUGGUGAAGCCGCAAGGGUUAUUGAAGAUCUCGCCCACAAGUUCAUGAUAAGUGUCUCUGCUGGACAUAUUGAGAUGCCUGAUAUACAGUGUUCCUUGGGCAAACAACUUGGUUUAUUUGCAUCUCUAAAAGACAAUUUGGGAGAGAGCAGGCUGUGGGAUCAUGAUGCAGUAGUUAAAGCUUUGGUCGAUAAAGAGGAAAAGACAGAUAUUACCGUGAGAGGUAUCCUACUAGACGUAUCAAAAUUAAAAGAAGAAAUUGCCAUAGCUAAAAACAAGUUGACCUUGAUGCCGAACCUGCGAUAUCUCAAAAUAUUUGACUCUACCUGUCCUCAGCAAUGUAAAGUUGUUGACGCUGUAGACUGCAAAGUACACUUGCCCGAUGAACUGGAGUUGAGGAUUAAUAAUAUUCGAUAUCUCCACUGGCUGAAAUUUCCAUUGAAGAAACUUCCAGGAGACUUCAACCCAGAGAAUCUUGUUGACCUCAGGCUGCCGUACAGUAAGAUUGAACGUGUUUGGAAUGAUGUGAAGGAUACACCAAAUUUGAAGUGGGUUGAUUUAAGUCACUCGACAGAGCUGAUCGACUUGUCAGCUUUAGGGAAAGCUGAAUCUCUUGAAAGAUUAACUCUUGAAGGUUGCAUUAGUCUUGUUGAUUUUCCCAAAGAUGUGGAAAAUAUGGACAGACUUGCUUUCUUGAAUCUCAGAGGAUGCACAAGUCUCUCGUCUCUUCCAGAGAUGGAGAACUUAAACUGUCUUAAGACUCUCAUUCUCAGUGGCUGCACAAGCUUUGAAGAGUUCCAGGUGAAAUCGAAAAAUCUUGAAUAUCUACAUUUAGAUGGCACAGACAUCACAGAGCUUCCCCAGACGAUCAAGGAGCUCGAAAGACUUAUCGUAUUGAAUCUGAAAGGCUGCCAAAUGCUGAAGACUCUUCCGGACUGUAUCCACAAGCUGAAGGCUCUUGAAGAACUAAUACUCUCUGGUUGUUCAAAGCUUAGGAGUUUCCCUGAAAUUAAGGAGAACAUGGACAAUCUUCAGAUAUUACUGCUUGAUGGGACGGAAAUUGGAAACAAGCCAAAGAUCCAACGAUCACCUUGUAUGAGUGGCCUAUCCUUGUUGCGACGGCUAUGCUUAAGCAGAAAUAAAAAGAUCAUCAGCCUGCAAUCUGGUAUUAGUGAUCUUUAUCAUUUGAAAUGGAUCGACUUGAAGUGUUGCACUAAACUCCAAUCUAUUUCGAUGUUGCCACCAAAUCUUCAAUGCUUAGAUGCACAUAAUUGUACCUCACUUAAAACAGUAGCGAGUCCGCUAGCACGUCCUUUGGCAACAGAGCAAGUGGCCUCCUCAUUCAUUUUCACUAACUGUGAAAAACUGGAGCACGCCGCAAAGAAUGAAAUAACAUGCUAUGGUCACAAUAAAGGCCGGCUCCUGUCAAAAACAUUGAAUCGCCACAAUAAGGGUCUUCGUUUUGAAGCUUUGGUUGCCACUUGCUUUCCUGGAAGUGAAGUUCCUGUUUGGUUUGGUCACAAAGCUUCUGGAGCAGAGUUGGAGCCUGAGCUGCCUCAACAUUGGAGUGAAAAUGGUCUUGUUGGGAUAGCUCUAUGCACUAUUGUCUCGUUUGAAGAUCAAAAAAUCCGAAACAACAACCUCCAAGUGAAAUGCAUAUGUGACUUUAACAAUGUUAAGACAUCCUCUAGCUACUUUAAUUCUCCUGUUGGAGGUUUAUCGGAGACAGGCGAUAAGCAACGCACGAUCAAAUCUACUCAUGUGUUCAUUGGCUUCACCAAUUGGUUGAAUAUAAAGAAAUGUCAAGAAGAAGAUGGUAACAGGUGUGUUCCUACUAAGGCGUCUAUUAAAUUUCAAGUGACAGAUGAUAUUGGUGAGGUCAAGAAUUGUGAGGUACUGAAGUGCGGUUUUAGUUUAGUUUAUGAAACUGGUUCAUGGGAGGCAAGCUCAAGGAGAGAUGUCGAACAAGGUGAAGUUGAGUGUCUUGAGAAGAACAUGAAGUCUCUGAAAUUAGAAAGCAAAUUCAAUGGUGAAACAAGCUGUAGCUCCACAAAGAGCUAGAUAGAUUAUUUUAGUCUACUAUUUGUGUGUUGUACAACUCAU